CGUGCUCGCUAGGGUUUUGACGCGAACCAAACCUAGUCUCUCUCGCAGCCGCUCGGUUUUCGCAGAGCCGCCGCACGCCGCCGCCGCCCCCUUACGAAGCAGCGAAGAUGAAGACGAUCCUGUCGUCGGAGACCAUGGACAUCCCCGACGGCGUCACCAUCAAGGUGAACGCGAAGGUGAUCGAGGUGGAGGGCCCCCGCGGCAAGCUCACCCGCAACUUCAAGCACCUCAACCUCGACUUCCAGCUCAUCAAGGACGAGGAGACCGGCAAGAGGAAGCUCAAGAUCGAGGCCUGGUUCGGCACCCGGAAGACGUCUGCCUCCAUCCGGACGGCCCUCAGCCACGUCGAGAACCUCAUCACCGGCGUCACCAGGGGCUACAGGUACAAGAUGCGCUUCGUGUACGCUCACUUCCCCAUCAACGCCAGCAUCCAGAACUCGAACAAGUCCAUCGAGAUUCGCAACUUCUUGGGCGAGAAGAAGGUGAGGAAGGUCGAUAUGCUUGAAGGAGUAUCUGUGGUCCGUUCCGAGAAGGUGAAGGAUGAACUGGUCGUGGAUGGGAAUGACAUUGAGCUUGUUUCCCGAUCUUGCGCCCUCAUAAACCAGAAAUGCCAUGUGAAGAACAAGGACAUUAGGAAGUUCCUCGAUGGUAUUUAUGUCAGCGAGAAGGGAACCAUCCUCGAGGAAGAAUGAUGAAUGAAGUAUUAGCAGCGUUCGGUGUCGAGUUUUACACCUUUAUGUCUUUUUAUCCAUUUGAUAUGCUACUUAAGGAUGAUUUAGCAGACUCUGAUGAUCCUGUUGAGGAUGAGAUUUGCAAUUUUGUGCUAUGGGAGUUUCUAUGCCUACACUUUGGUGUUUCUUCGGUUC